GCUUCGUCGCAAAUCCUCGCAAACAACCCCCGCCCUUCACCAGCCCACCAUCUCCAUCGUACCUCGGUCGAGGCCGCCGCUCCUUUCUCACACAUCCUAAAGCGCGCAUUCAUACACCAUGGAGCCACCGGCGAAGCGCAUGCGCAUCUGGCAGUCUGUCGAAGUGGAUGAGGAGGACGCCGAGUACAUCAAGGCGAAGCAGAAACAACAACAAAAAUUCAAGGGCCGACUCGAGUCGAUAUUUGAGAAAUAUGGAAACAUGCAUGAGUCAAUGAGCGACGAAAUUGAUAUGGCAACCAACAGAGUCGUGGUGGACAGAGGGCAUUUGCGGAGACUGAAGCGCCAGGUCGGUCGGAGGGAGAAUAUGUUGUUGGACACUCUCGGCUUGGCUGUAGGGAAGGAGUCGAGAAAUAAGGGUGAAGAGGAGGAUGAGGAGGAUGAGGAGAAUUCGGAAGAUGAACUGGCACCUACGCAGCCGGUGAAGUCAAAAGAUAAGGAGCCUGAACUGGACGGACAACAAACCAGAAUGCCAGAUGCGCAUUCCCCACGCAGCGAUAUUAUUCCGUCAAUUCCACAGCAUUCAAAUACCCCAGCGACUUCAAUACCGCAAUUCAACACAAUGGAACCUCCCAAUACGCCGAAUCCAAAUCCGACCCCGAACCUCCUACCGCUUGUUCAGUUUCCACAAACUCCCGCCGGACAGCAGGCGCAGGCUACAUUCUAUAUGACUCUGACACAGGGAAUUGGUGAAGUUAUCCAGAAAGCUAUGGCACAGUCCGGUCUCCUGCCGCCCAACUUUUCUACUCCAUUCGCAAGCGUUGCUCCGCCACCGACUACGCCGAUGAUCACCACAGCCGAUAAGAUCGCACCCGCCACGGACCCAAAAUGGUUCUUCCCACCUCUGUCUGCUGCACCAAGACAGGAUCCAGUGGCUCAAUCCAGCCCUAUUCCCACUCGUAGAGUAGCUGCGGCAGCUGAGCAAGCCGACCAACCACUAUCAGCAGAAUCGAUCCCUCUGGUCGAAGAAGCCGCUCCCUCAGUUUCUCGUGCAAGGUUACAGGAGAGCUCACCCAUUACACAUCGCCGUACCAGUCCGCGCGUUGAGAUUCAGAAACGCCGCAUUCGUGCUACUAGAAAAUAUCAUUUCACACCAGAAGAUGACGCAUACAUAAGCAGAAGAAAAAUGAUAGACCACUCAUCAUGGGUUGCUAUCAAGGAAAGCCAGGAAAAAUGGAAAGACUGGCCCGCAAGUGCGAUCAGCAGGCGAUGGGCUGUGAUUAAGGAUCAAAACCUGCAUCUGCAAUCGCUAGUUGUAGCUGACUCGAGUGAUAACGCCCAUGGCACCGAUAAUGAACUGGAUGAGCAAGUAGAGACUCCUGUGACGCAGUCCCACCAUCUGCCAACUCCCAGCUCAUCCGAACAUGAAGACAGUCAUAGGGAAGCCACCGAACCAACACAAGCUUUCAAGGGUUUUUCCUCUAGCGCAUAUUAUGACGACGACGAACGUGAACUACUGUCUCUAGCUGGUUCAGAUGCAGAAGAAGAGGGAGAAGAGGAAAACGAGGGAGAAGAGGGAGAAGGAGAAGACCAUGAAAUUCCCUGCGACGAAGAAAUACCAGACGCCCUACCAGAAGACAGCAUAAUACCCUCUAUAGAAACGACAACCAUGAUCGACGAAGACGACUUACAACGAGACCUACUCGAAAGCCUAGCCAUGUACGAAGCCACCAUCACACCCCCGCGCCAAACAUCAAUCCAUAUAAAACCUGAACCAAUAUCACCAUCCGCACUCACCACGCAACAAGAACCCGCACUCACUCGACGCUCAGAAACGAUCCCAGACACACCCAUGGUCAACGAUGAUACCAACGACUCCACACCCCACCAACCACCUACACCUAUAGCCACAGCCUCGCCUCUCCUCUGCCAAAUCUGCAACCGCACCUUCAAAACACCCCAAACCCUCGCCCGCCACCUGUCAAACCCCAGAAACACUCACACACAUCCCGCACCACCACUACCACUAACACCAUCUCGCAAACGCAGCAUCUCCUUAGACCUCAUAUCCUCCACCACCACCAUUCCCAACGACAACGACGAUCUCCUCCCCCCAACAACCCCCCGCAUCAAACGCGAACCCAGUACCGACUCUCCCAGCUUCUUCGUCUCGACGUUUCAAACGCCCAGAGCAGCGGAGAGGAGAAAUAGCAGUUGUGGGUCUGGUUCGUUGUCUACGUCGAGGAUUGAUCGGAGGGCGCACGUUAAGCAGUUGAAGCAGUGUUGGAAGGGGGUUGGUGGGACGCCCGUGGCGUCUGGGUCGAAGGAGAAGGGGAAGGGGAAGGGGAGGAGGAGUUUGGGGGGGUUAGUGGGUGGGAGGAAGAGAGUGUGGGUUGAGGAGAGUGAGGAGAGGGAUGAGCUUUGUUUUUGAGGAGAAGUGGGGGAUGGGGGCAAGUUUGUAGAGUAAUGUGUAUUUUUUUGGGAGGGGGAGGCUAUGUGAAUUUCAUGACUUGCUUUUUAUUUGAUUGACUUGUCGUGCCUUCUUCUAACUUACAUACAUGGGUUUAUGUGAAUCAAAUCUUUU